GAUUGAAUCAAAUGAAAACAAUAUACUACGCAAAAAAAAAGAAAACCACUUUAAUUUCGACGUUUGACAUUCCAUCAUUUGAGCAAUUACAAGCGCUAAUAGUCGUAAGUUACUUAAUAGUCAGUUUUAUUAGUGAUGUUUAAACAAUGCGCCGAUUUGCAAUCAAUCACUUUGAAUUCGUCAGAUUUUUCGUCGAGUUUUUAUUUCAUACAAUGGUCUUGAUCAUCUGUCUGAUGAUCACAAUCAAUGCCUAUUCUUCUUUUCCAUUUGUUUUUGUUGAUAUUCGGUUAAUAAAUUGUCUCGUCACAUGCCCACAUAAAAUGCAUUCAGAAGUGGUCGGUGAUUGUGUUCCAAACAGCUGUUGUAUUUUUUCAAUGCCUCAAACUUAUUUGUAACCGUGCAUGCAAUUCAGUCACAUUUCUACGAUCAGAUAAGCGUCAAGAGCUUCGGCGUAUGUGUGCUCCAUUUGACUGUGUACGAAGAAAGUAAUCUUUUUUCUUUGCAUUAUUGGGUCAAGUGUUUAUGAUUUUUAUCCGAAAAGAUUAACGAAACAAAUAUCUAAAUUCGUUUAAGUAGACUAUCAAUGAAAAGAAUAAAAGAAACGCGGCGUAAAAUUGCAAAAAGUGCAUAUUUGUAUUUGUGUGUUUGGCGCAAAAUAAAUCGCAAUUAUUUAUUGAUAAAAUGUUCAGUAUUGAUUUAAUUUACAAACCGAACACACCAAUUUAUUAUUUCGUGUUGGAACGUACGUUUCUGCUUGAUUGUCGCAAUGAAUUUGAAAAUUGCGUUCCCUUGUUGUUGUUUGUUAUUAUUCGUAAUCGUUUGCGAUAAAGUGACUUCCGCCAAAAAGCUGGACUGCAAAGUGCCAAAACAUUAUGAAGAAAUCGGUUGCGUAGCAUAUUAUGAAGACGGUGACGAUUGUCCAACGAAGUUAGUAAUUGUUUUUAUACGGAAAUGCUUCGAAAAACUCACAAUUUCGUUUAAUUGAUAUUCAAUUUAGGUUUACAUGUCCAGAAUUUGGAACACUCGCUCUGAAUAAAUGCCACGUGAAAGGUAGAUUAUUCGAUGUUGGCCAAAAUGUUCCCGACGAAGUGGUUCCGAUGUGCAGAACUGACUGUCAGUGCAGCUCCAUCAUGCGCAUUGAAUGUGCAAAUGUAGAAUGUCCAGAGGAUGGAAUCACGUUGAUUUCGAUUCUAUGCCAACGAUAAACCGAUACAGCGAUUUGGAACAGUGUUGCAGCACCGUUCAAACGCCCAUCAAUGACGUUGACAUUUUGUCAAAGUGUCAAGUCGAAGGUCGAUCAUAUUAUGACGGAGAACGUAUCUAUCCCGAUGGGGAUUCAUGUUUCAUGUGUCUUUGCACACCGAAUUUCAACAACAAAACAUCAUUCGCGAAAAAUUCAAACUGCGUUAAAAUCAACUGUGGCAUUGAACAUGAUCUACACCGAAUCACAGCUGGCUGUGUUCCUGUAUAUUACAAAACACCAACGUGUUGCCCAAUUGAUAUCAAAUGCCCUGCAAAAGAUGAUGUUGUAUCGAAUGAAGAGACGUCGAAUGCCGAAAACGAAAAAUUAACUUGCACUUUUGGUAAUCUAACGUUGAAACUUGGCCAAAAACUCAAAAACGACAACAGCUGUUUGAACUGUGAGUGCUCGAUUCCUCCAUUGCUGGCAUGCAUACAAAAACCCAACUGUUCAAAGUCAAAGUAAUGAAGAGCAAUCCAAACAAUACAGAAUCAAUUUUUUUUUUGUUGAGAUUUUCUG